GGCACGGAUGUGGCGGAUUACGCAGAUGUGUUCAACCUGUUCCAUCAAACAAGUCUUCAACUACUCCCUGAGUUCUGGGAAUAGCGGCAACAAUUUGUGCUAUGAAUCUCAUACAAUUUGGAUCGCGUUCUUUAAGCAGCUUCUUCUAAAGACGGACUGCUUUAUAUCGUAGUUAUAUUUUAUCUAAAUUUCAUCCUUCGCUUCGCCACUUCCAUUAGCAUUUCAUGGAAUUCAAAGUUGAAACCCUAGGGGAGAAUUAUGGUGCCGCGGGUGAAACUGCUUGUUGUUGUUGCAAGUCUUGUCAAUCUUGUAUUUUCUGGAGCACCAACAGCACCACCAAAGAGAGCUAUAGUUAAAAACAACUCAGGUGUGACGCCGGCAGGGUUGUGUGGUGCUUGGGUCAAAGAACCUGAUGGAGGGCUUUUCACAUCUCCUAACUAUCCUGAAAAAUAUCCUCCUGACCGAGAAUGCAUAUACAUAAUUGAAGCUUCUCCAAGACAAUGCAUUGACCUGUAUUUUGAUGAAAAGUAUGCUAUUGAGCCAUCGUGGGAGUGUAAGUUUGACCACAUUGAAGUCAGGGAUGGCCCCCUCAGCUUUUCUCCUAUUAUUGGCCGCUACUGUGGACAAGAGAGCCCGGCCUAUGUUAAGUCCAGCGGACGAUACCUUUGGAUAAAAUUUGUGGUAGAUGGUGAACUAGAAGCCAUUGGAUUUUCAGCUCGGUACAAUUUCACCCAAGAUCCUGAUUUCAAAGACCUUGGAGUUCAACCACCUCUUCCUAUUUGUGAAUUUGAGAUGAGCGGGCCAGAGGGGAUUGUGGAGUCAGUAAUGGUUACGAAAGAGGGCAAAGCGUUGCAGACAGAGGCUGUAGACUGCAGGUGGUUCAUAAGAGCUCCUCCUGGCUCGAAGAUCUAUUUGCGUUUCCUGGAUUAUGAGAUGCAGAACUCAAACGAGUGCAAGCGUAACUUUGUGGCAGUGUAUGAUGGGAGCAGCUCGGUGGAACACCUAAAGAAUAAAUUCUGCAGCACGGUGGCCAAUGACGUGAUGCUGCUGACUUCAUUAGGUGUGAUUCGCAUGUGGGCCGAUGAGACCAGCCGCAGGAGCCGAUUCCGUAUCCUCUUCACCACCUUCCACGAGUCUCCAUGUGAAGGAGACUCUUUCUUCUGCCAUAGCAACAUGUGUAUUAACCACACAUUGGUGUGCAAUGGUAUCCAAAACUGUGUCUAUCCUUGGGAUGAGAAUGGUUGCAAAGAGAAAAGAAAAGCCACUAUCCUGGACAGUCUCGACAACACUAAUGUGACCAUUAUAGGCGUGACCUGUGCAGUGGUGAUUAUCCUGCUCACCGUGUCAAUAAUCAUUCAAAUAAAACAGCCACGGAAGAAGUACAUAAUCCGCAGAGAUGAAUUCGACCCCACAUUGCUGCACAAGGCCUUUGAGCCCCCACACUACGAGCUGUGCACGUUACGGCAAGCAACCUCAUCCGAUGGUGAUGUUUUACCUGAAGACUUCCCCAAACUGCAGCGCACCUCCUCCAAAUGCAUCCACGGCCACCACUGUGGCUCCCAGGUGUCCAGCACUCGAGGCAGUCGCAGCGAUCUCAGCCUGCGAGAUGCUGCAGCUAUUCUCUCAGAGAUGGAGCCAACCAUACAACCUCCAUUUCCUCUGCAAGCCACCCCUACUGGCCGCAGGAAUAUUCUAGUGAUGAAGCACAGCUACUCGCACGAUGGGGCUGAAGAGUGCGACCUGGAUGAUGAACUUUAUGAUGGGCCCACCACCAGCCGUGGGCGAGCUGCAAUGGACAGAACUGUGCAUCGGUCAGUAUCCAAUGACUUUUAAUGGUUUUCCAUGCAUUUCAGCCCAGCUUUUGGAUAGAUUACUUUCUUUAUUGUCCGUUUUGUCUCUGUUUUAUUUGUAAUA